CUCACAAUUUUUUUUACCGCGACUCUAUUACAGCUCGCAAAGUGAGGCGUGUCUAAGCUUAGCUAUACGGCCUAUAAAACGGUCUUCGUGAGGAAACUGUUUGUUUUAACCUUGCAGACAAGACCCUGAAAAUGUCGCUACUGGUUGUUUUCAUGGGUAUUACACUGAAGUGUAGCUACAUCAUCACCCUAAUCAGAUCAUCCCACCAUGCCAUCGCCAUCUACUUCUUCGCUUUCAGCCUCAUCCUCAAGCGUCGAAUCCAACACUCAAGUUCUUCACGCCCUCGACCUGCCUGAGAUACGCCAGCAGAUCGCCUCCAACCUGGAAAAAGCCGACCUGGCCCAGUGCAUCCUUGUAUCCCAGAAAUGGUCCUCCGAUUUCCUACCGCUCUACUGGCGCGAGGUCAAUGUACGCCCCCACAAACUCACGCGCUGCUCUGCUGUCGCAAUCAAACGCCAGGGGCACCACAUUCGCACGCUUUUUGCGGGGCGUAUCGAGGACACCUCGGUCUUCAACCAGCCUUCAGUCUUACAUCUGCAGCAUCUCGAGGUCUCCACUUGCGGAUCCAG